GCUCGGUAAUCAUAGGUCUUGGGUUUCAAUCCUCCCAUCCCCUCUCCGCUUCUUAAAUUCCGUCAAUUUUCUUCCGACACGUUUACAAUAUGGCAUUGGAGCAAAAGAGGGGGAAAAAAAGGUAGCAAUGAAUCCUAAUGCAAUGAAUCCAGCUUCUGAAAUAAUUGAUAAGCUCGAUCGGUCUCCACAACCCCCCCCCCCCCAAACCGGGGGGCUCUGGCAACUUCCCUUGAGGGGUUUUAUGAAAGUCGGCAACUGAUGAGUUGUUGCGAUUUGCAGGUGUUUGUCUAGCUAGCUAUGGGUUUUAAUGUGAGUAUCAAGUCAGAGCUACAGGGGUAGGGAUGGCAAUGGGGCGGGGAUGGGGUCCCUCGCCCCGUUGUCAAAUAACUUCCCCCGUUCCCCGCCCCUUGCCCCCCACUCCCGGUCCCGUGUCCCCCGCGGGGAAAGAAAUCGAAGUGGAAGACUUCGUCUAUCAAAGUGCCUUCAGACACUUUGUAGUUAAAGGAAGGCUUGUCUGCGACGCUUCCUUUACUUGCCGGAGGCUCUCUUGCCAGAUCAGUGGCUACUGGAGCAGAGACGGUAGUGCCCAGGCUGGGAGCAGAAGCGUGCAGUUGCGGUCGAUCUGGACUCUAGAGCUUGCCGGCGAGAUCGCUGCCUUGGAGCGGCUAGACACCAACGAUCUCAAUAUGUUGCGAGAGCGGCGGUUUGCGUUGGUGGUGGAAACAAUGUGCCGAUGUGCUGCCAGGCAGUGCGGACAGCAGCCGUGCAACUAAGGUAGGAGGAGAUGAUGGCGACGGGUUGAACUCAGAUUCGGAAGAAACCGUGAUCUACUACCCAGACUGGUUUGCAGGUAUAUUUUUAAACCAAUAGAAGAAGAUAGACGCAAGUCCCACACAAAGAAGAAAGGAAGGAAAAGGAGCCGACGGUGGAUGGCCUAACCUGCACCUCAAAGAAAAAUUUAGGAUUGUUGUGUAUAUAUAUAUAUAUAUUUUAAUAUACGCGGGGGACGGAUGUAUGUUGCCCUGUCCCCGUCCCGUUUUAAGACAGGGGGAUAUAUUUUGCCCCCGCCCCAUUUUUACUCUCGCGGGCACCCGCCCCCGCACCCGUUGCCAACUUGCCAUCCCUAUACAGGGGAGAAAUUUUAUGAAGAAAAGCAUCUA